AUGGAUAGUAAUAAAGAUGAAGCGGAACGGUGUAUGGAGCUGGCGGAGCGAUAUCUGCGGGAAAAGAAGUAUGACGAGGCCGAAAAAUUUGUACGUAAAGCACAGAAACUUUAUCCAACGAAAAAGGCAGACGAUGUAUUAGCGAAAGUAACAAUGAUGUCGAAACAAAGUCCAAAAUCUGAAUCUGAACCUACAGUUAGAAAACGUCAAACUGCUACGGCUAAAGAAGCUACGUUCACUCAAACCACUGUUACCGAAUACACUAAGGAGCAGCUUGAGUACGUUAAAAGAAUUAAGAAAUGCAAGGAUUUCUAUGAAAUUUUGGGGGUAAGCAAAGACGCGACUGACAGCGAUGUUAAAAAGGCAUAUAAAAAACUAGCACUUCAAUUACAUCCGGAUAAGAAUAAAGCUCCGGGUGCUGCUGAAGCUUUUAAAGCUAUAGGAAAUGCUUUCGCCAUUCUCACUGACGUGGAGAAAAGGAAGCAGUACGAUAUGUAUGGUCCUGAGGAGGAAAGACUCCAGAGUGCUCAAGCUCAUCAGAAUCAUACGCAUUACAAUUAUACAAGAGGAUUUGAAACUGAUAUCACUGCGGAAGAAUUGUUUAGCAUGUUCUUUGGAGGUGGAUUCCAGCAACAAGAAUUUUAUAUGAGACGGUCUGGAAGGUGGGCAAGGCAACAAGAUGCACAAGCUCAGCAUACUCAUUCUCAGCAAGCAAACGGAUAUAUGACAUUCCUUCAAAUGUUGCCCGUGCUGUUAUUAAUAUUGCUAACUAUGAUGAGCAGUUUCUUUAUAUCAGAUCCUGUAUAUAGCUUGCAUUCUAACGCAAAAUAUUCUGUACAGAGAACGACUCAAGGAUUAAAGGUGCCAUACUAUGUCAAAGAAAACUUUCAUACCGAGUAUCAAGGCAGCUUACGUAGGCUAGAAAUUUCUGUCGAAGAAGAGUACCUGAAUAAUUUGAGACACGCCUGUUUUAGAGAGAAAAGUUAUAGGGAAACAAUGAUGUGGAAAGCAAGAAACUUUGGAGAUCAAGAAUUGUUCUUGAAAGCUAAAAAUAUCGAGACACCUUCCUGUAAGAGGGUGCAAGAAUUACAAGCAGCAUAGCGGCGUUAUGUAAUUGAAUAGAGUUUUGUUGUAGAUAGAUGUAUAUUGUGUUUACAUGUGUGUAGUUACUAUUGAACGAAGAUGAAGAAUAUCUGUAAUGGAUAAUGCACGAGCGAAUGCAUUACUGUAUCCUCGCAUCAAAAUUCGUGAAUGAUAUUCUUCCUGGCCCAUCACGAAUUAUUACAUAGACCGUUUAAGCUGUUUACUCCGUACUCGAAUCGCAAAUUAGUCCGAGAUUGAAUUGCAACAGCGUGUAUGAGGCGUUACAAUGUAAAAUAUGAAUUUACGGUAUUUACUUUCGUUGAACUAACAUACUUCUCUCAAAUUGAUUAGACUGAAACGAAAGAAUUACAUGUUGAUCGGUUCUAGGCUCUGUUAGAAUAAUUUAUGUCUCGUUACACAGAGGAGAGGAACGUUCGGUUAACGGCAAAGAUAAGUUUAAACAACGUUGAUGGAAUUUGGUUGAUGAAAAUACAAGUAUAGAAAUCUUGCCGCUUGUACCAUUAAUGUAAUGAUAGAACGUGAAAUCGAAAAUUAUUUGGAAUAUCAUGAUUUUGAUAACUACCAUCGUUGCUACACGAAAGUCGCUUAUAUAUCAGAUUUAGGAUCCUCAUUAAAUUAUGGAGAGUAUAUACUAGAAGUAUGUUAUAUAUUAACUUAGAAGGAAAUGAAUGUAAUUAUUGCUCGCAUUUCCUAAACGAUGAAACAAGAAAAUAAUCAUUUCGAUGUUAAAAUGAGGCCUAAGUUCUCUUUGUGGUGACAAAAAUUUGUGCGGAUGUUCCGUUUUAAAAAAAGGAAACCUGUUUCACAGUAUUAAACUAAUAUCAAGGCUAUUAUAAUGUAGGCAAUGAGUAAUAUUAAAACCUAUAAAUAUCGCACUGGUUACAUUCCUUCCGUCAUUGUGAGAAAUGCACGUCGUAAAGAAUAAACGAAUCCAUGUAGUUAUGACGCGUAUGUAACGAUCUUUGAAACUUACAAAUAUCUUCACGUGUAAAAUUGUUGUAAUUCAAGCUGUACGAUGCACUACGUACGAAACUAUAGUCACUCGUGAGAAAAUUGUGACAAGUGACCUUGAUCAAGCCCUGUCAUCGUCUUAUAAAAUUUUAUAUAGGAGCAGAAGCUGGGGAAAGUGGAAUUUCUAACAAGCUGAUCUGGCGUGUGUCUACUGUUAUUUAUAAAUUUUAAUAUUAUAUACAGAUAAUGCCAGAGACAUGUAGAUGACUAAUAUAUUCGUCUUGAGAGAACUUUUUUUGUGUGAUGUUGCAGUUUUUCGAUACUAACUGUUAUUCCUUUGUGAACAAUUAAGCAAAAUAACUAACGACCGGAAUUCUGGAUUUCGACACGUUUACGCGAGCCAUUUCACCGAACCGCACAUAUCAAGUCUGUUCACGAUUCGAUCAGCUGUUGUACGUUUAAAGACACUUAUUUAUCCGAAUCAUUACAUUUAUGUUAUAUAUGUCAAGAUAUCUUAAUUAGCUUCGAAAUAAAGCAACUUUAAAAGAUCA